GAGAUCCCCGGCACGAACUGAACUGUUCGCAGCCUAUUACCCUUGCCAUCUCUGCAUCACAUGGCUUGUGCAAGUGGCUGAGGUUGGUCUCUUUUGAGGCCUCAUCUGCCUUGUUUAUUCACGCAGUGCAAACACCUACGAAUACAAACAAGUCGUCACUGCAGUCUGUCCAUAUUUAUCUGCAUCACUUCUUUGUUUACUCCAAAACUUCAACUUUCGGCGAUCUCGCUAAGUCAGGAACAAAACUCCACUCCUACCCAACUUAGACUCGCGCGGGAGCCCACAUACCAAUUACAACCUCAGCCAAUUAUACACAAACAAAGACCCUCUUUGUUUGGCUCAACAGUAAACACCAGCCGUUCCCAUCAAAACGACUCGAACCCGACGAGACGGUCAUCAUCUUCUUGCCUUGGACUCUGGCUCGUCACGAGUCCAACAUUAGCUGCCGACGGACCAUGUUCUAAUCUCGCCCUUCAAUCAUUCCUUAUCUCCUUCGAUCUACAGUAUUAUCAUGUUGCCGACCGAUCCCUUGUCUUCCGCCGCCUUCGUUACCCUUCGCCAACUCUUUACCCUAUUAUCUGUACAAUAAUCAAAGCUUCAAAAGGCCUCUCCAUCUCCGAUUUCGCUCCGCCCAUCAUGGAGAGGCCGGAUUUUGGGCCGGAGCCGCAUAUCUCUGAGAUGACUUGCUGCUGCGGACGAAUCGACUGCGCUCUCCUCAAGAAAAAUUGCUCCAUUCUAGAAACAGUCGAAAAAGAUGUCCAUACCGCGGCACAACUUGGUCAGGCUCUACUCGCUAGACAUGAAGCAUAUAUGGCCGACGCGGAGAGGGACCGUCUUGAUCUUUCCUCCAGGAUAGAGCGUCUGGAAAUGGCCAAGCAGGAAUUAGAGGCUGAGAAUGCCCUGAAAAUUGAGGAGAAUCGUAAUCUCCUCGACCAGCUUGAACAGCUCAACAACACCGUCUCCGAAUCCGAUACAAAGAUCAAAGCACUCGAAGCAAGUCUGCUGUCGUCCCAACAAGCCGUCCGAAGACUCGAGUCUGCUGCCCUGCGAGCCGAAGAUGCUGAGAGGCACAUUUCCCUCUUGGAACUCGAACAGGACGAUCUCUAUCACGAAUUGAGGUCGACGAAAGAAGAUGCUCGAACACAUGCACAACGUUGCAAGGAGGCGCAACGCGGUAUCAUGGAUAUGCAGGACCAGCUGGAGAGGAUGGAAGAGGAAGCUCGAGAGGAGCGACAAAGACAUGCCGAGGUUAUUGGGCGAAUGGAGCGUCAACGUCAAGUUGAGAAGCAGCUCAAUACAGCCGCCGGUCGUCUAAAAGGUGCAGCUGCAUCAAAGACACUGCAGGAACCCAAGCCAGGAAAUUCUGUCGUCAAUCAUUUCGUUCGGGAUCUUCUUCAAGACAAUGCCAAUCUACAGCUUGGCAUGGCUGAGCUACGGGAGAUGCUUCUCAAUUCGAACGAUGAGAUUCAGUCUCUGCGAGAACAACUUGUCACCCACCAGCCAAUCGCCGAUAGCAGUAUGACUCUCAAAGACGAACUCGAGGCUUAUGAGCCGCCGACGACUCCUCGAAUUUCGCAAGAGCUCCACAUCCACCACCAUUAUCAUGUUUCAGCCAAGGCCGACAAACAAAAAAUGAGGCGGAAGCGUGCGAGCUUGAAUUCUAGUAUAUUUUCAGCCUCGACAAGUUCUGGCACAUCAACCCCAAGAAAUUCCGCUCGCUGGAGCUUGGGGCCUGCCCUGCCUGCCCUCGCUUCCAUUAACACCAAAGAACCCAACUCUGUCAUUUCGAUGCCCAAACAGAGAUGGUCCAUGCUCUCAGAGCAACCUUCUGAAAUCGCAUCGUCCGUACCAAGUUCACCACGAUCGAAUCUGCGAAACUCGAUGUUUGACUCGAAUUUUGGCGACAGCGAUUAUCCAAUGUCGCCAGCUACGAGCUUUGACCCCAUGUCGCCCACCUGGCGGACGCACCGUAAAGGCCCGUCUGACAUUUCGGCUUUCAGCCUUCAAGCACCUUCCCUCCAGCUUGAUCCAGGCACGCCGCCUCAAAACUCGCGUCAAUUUAAUGAUGAUGUGAUACAUGAGGAGGAUGAAAAUGAGGGCGAGGAGGUCAUGUCUCGAACCGAGACACCCGAUCUCGGCAACACCCCGUCAAUUGACGAGAGCUCAAUCGUCGAGAGCUCUGAGGACAAUAGAGACGAAUACAUGCCGCGUCCAAGGAUUCAUCGAGCUAUUUCUCACGAAUCCAUCAUGUCUCUUACCGGCGGCCUUGACAUUCACACGCUCAAGGCUCGGCCUAGCCAGCUCACCCUUCGACCACUUGGUGGCGCUGAAGCUGUCGUCACGGGCGUCACAGCGCAGCCCACACUGUACAGAGGUGCAGCCAAGCGAAGCACCGCUGCCCUCCGAGACACUUUCGCUGGUCUUCCCUCAAGUAGAACUGUGUCCAACCCACUUAACAGGCCUGGGUCAAACAGAUCUGCGUCGCCAGCUCCUUCGGACACCCCCCAAGGGAGCCCCGCAGGAGGAAUAGGAAAAUGGGUUGGCUGGAGGCCUUGGGCUUCGGGCAGUAGUGAAAAUGCCCCUCCAAAACCUGCGGAGAAGGAAAAGGACAGGAAUAUUAACCGGACGCCGGGUAUCAACCAGCCCGGGUCGAUUCCUGGCUUUCAUCAAUACUGGGCUGCUCAGAAACGAAAGGGCGCGCCCGCUCAGGUCACUACCGUUGAUGUUGACCGUGAGGCCCUGGUAGAAGGCUUACAGGACUGAAUACUACCUAUGCGCUCAAACUACAUGCACCCGGAACUGGAGUUGAUCUCAUUUGUGGCGUUUGUUGAGGAGGUUACCUGGUGGAGAUACCCUGGCUAGACAAGCCUAGUCCCUUUGUUUUACACGUUGGUAUUGGAUGCAUUCGUUUGGUGUUUUAUUGGUUCGUCUUGGGUAUAAAUAUCAUAAUCAUACAUAUCUUUAUCCUCAUGCUAUACUGCUGUUGAGCAUAGUCCAGUACGUAGUGUCCACACCCUGCAGUGCCCAA